AUGACUGUCAUCAGAAACUGCGAAGGCUGGUUUUUUUUCAGGACAAUUGAAAUCAAGUUUGAAUGUGUUGACUCUUUAAAGAGCUUCAGUUGGUCUGGGGGCAGGACUGGAACGAGGAGUUGGGAGAGAGGGGAUGGGGUGACUUUCGGGGCGGGGUGGGGGGCGUCUGGGCCGCGGGGGACCAGCCCACUCCCUGCUCGUGGGCAGCCCGGGAGGACAGAGCGCCCGGGCUUUGGCCUCCUGACCCAGACGGCGCGGGGCGCGAGGGGGCGCGAGGGGGCGCGCGGCCGAGCCCGGGUCGCGCCGCCCCUUGCCUCCGGGCCGCCCGCCAGGAGUUCGAGGCCUCCGCGAUCCGGAUGUGAUGAAAAGGAGCCACAGAGGGAGAAGUGUUUCAGGCGCCUAGGAGUGGUGGAAGGAGGAACAGAGGCAGAGCGGGGACAAGUCCCCUGCGGAGGGGAGCCGGCCGGAGGGAGCUGGCUGGAAAGAGGGGGCGGAGUGCGCGGAGUCACCGGAGCCGCCGUUGCCGCCACUGCGGCGUCUGGGCUGAGCCGGAGGGAGCCGGGGAGGCCGCGCAGGGGCGGCCGGCGUCAGGCCACCGGGGCGAGAUGCGGCCGCUGCCCGAGCCCCGCUAACUUUCUGGGGCGGAAGAGGAGGAGGAGAAAGGGGCUUGGAGCGAGUGGGGUAUGCCGAGAAGCAGUCAGUUCCCUGCACCGUAUACCCAGCGGCCCUUCCUGCGUGCGCCCCGCGGGGCGGCCAGCUAGGCGGCCGCGGCCCAUGUCCGGCGCGGGCGAAGCCCUCGCUCCCGGGCCCGCGGGGCCGCAGCGCGCGGCCGAGGACGGCUGCGGCCGACCCGGCUCCCCGGCCCAGGAAAAAUGUGAUAAAGACAAUACUGAGAAAGCUACAACUCAAGCUACCAACAGCCACUUCACACAUGAAGAGAUGCAAGACCAGUCCAUUUGGGGAAAUCCUGAAGAUGGUGAACUCAUCAGAACCCAACCUCAGCGCUUGCCUCAGCUUCAGACUUCAGUGCAGGAGCCGAGUGAGGAGGAAAUCGGCAAGAUAAAGAACGGCCACACAAGUCUGAGCAACGGCAGUGGAAUUCACCACGGGACCAAGCAUGUAUCUGCAGACAAUCACAAACUUUCGGCACCUGUUUCUCAAAAAAUGCAUAGAAAAAUUCAGUCCAGCUUGUCUGUAAACAGCGAUAUCAGUAAGAAGAAUAAAGUAAAUGCUGUCUUUUCCCAAAAGACAGGCUCUUCACCUGAAGAUUGUUGUGUCCACUGUAUCCUGGCAUGCUUGUUCUGUGAAUUCCUGACUCUCUGCAAUAUUGUGCUGGGACAAGCUUCAUGUGGCAUCUGCACCUCAGAAGCCUGCUGCUGUUGCUGUGGAGAUGACAUGGGGGAGGACUGUAACUGCCCUUGUGACAUGGACUGUGGCAUCAUGGAUGCCUGUUGUGAAUCAUCAGACUGUUUGGAAAUCUGUAUGGAAUGCUGUGGAAUUUGUUUUCCUUCAUAAAUAUUUAUCUUCAGUUUGUGUUAAAACUGGAGAGUGUUUCAAAAUUUUUCUUUUAGGGGGGAGAAAAGCACAUGGUAAGAUUCUCAUGAAGCAAUGUAGUAUUUGCACUGUUAACUCAUUAUUUUAAGUAAUCUCUGACAGCCUUUUUUCUCUAACCAAAUCUACAUGGUUUAAUAUGUGAAAUUUUAGCUACUUCAACUAGUUUUUUAAACUUAAUAGGUUACAAAAAAUGAGGGACAUUUUGACACCCAGCCCCCAAAAUGUUAAAUGUCUCCUCUUUUUAUCUAUAUUUCUGUUUCUUCUAACCAUUCUCAGGAGCCUCUUACUCCAAAUAUAUUAUUUCUCAGUGGGUAUUUAAACCAGACAACUCAUUUUUGAUGUUUAUCUACUAGUGGUUAAAAGCAAGCAUUCUUUAUUUUAAAGUAAAUUUUGGGGAACGAACCCACACCAUAGUUGGGUACCCAGUGUUUAUGCAUACUUUCUCCUCCACCUUCCCCACUUGUUCAGCAGACGAGUGCCUACUGUGUACAUUCUCUUGCCCAGACCGCGGAAAUGGUUAUCAUUCCGCUGCCAUCCACAAAAAUGUGCAGUUUAGCAGAGGAAAGACCUGUAAAAAUGAAUCCUACCACAAGGCAUACUGAAGUGAGGAUUAUACAAGAGAUAAAAUCAAAAGGCCAUAGGAAUACAAAGAAAAGAGCUGCCAGAAUAUUCAGGAAGACUUCAAGGGGGAUGGGGCAUUUAAGAAGGCCUGUUAAGAUGACCAAUUCAUCUGCUGCUUCAAUGGGUAUUUAGAUUAAGGACAAAAUUUUAAGUGGACAAUCUGAACUGCACGUGCCCUUCGCCAGUUAAAAGAAAAGUGCCUUCAGCACCCUUAUGUUUAGUUAUAGGAAUACAGCUUAAAACAAAAAAAAAAAACUAUAAAAUUUAAAUUAACUAAAAAUAUGCAUUUUCUUUUAUGUAAUUUAAAUGUUACGAUAAAGUUUUUGAUGAAACA